AUGAGGCUGCUUUCGUCCUUGCUGUCGGCGAGCCUGCUACUUGCCGGCUCGUUUGCUGCCAAAAAGACUCCCACCGGCCGAUUCGACGAGUUCCACGCCAAGUCUUUAAGCUCCUCGCCAGUGAAGCUCGCCACUUCUAGCUACGGAUCAUGGACCACUGCACCGCGGGAUUACAGUGCGGCAGUGCUCCUGACUGCCAUGGACGCACGCUUUGGUUGCCAACUGUGCCAAUCAUUCCAACCCGAAUUCGAUAUUCUCGCGAAGAGCUGGGUCAAAGGAGACAAGGCGGGCAAGUCCCGAACGCUAUUUGGUGUCCUUGACUUCGCGGAUGGCAGAGAUGUGUUUGUUUCGCUUGGUCUACAAACUGCUCCAGUCCUUCUCUUCUUUCCUCCUACUGAGGGUCCUCAUGCUGUCGCUUCGCCUGACCCAAUUCGAUAUGACUUCACAGCUGGCGCGGAGCACGUACAAGCUUGGCUGGCACGACAGCUUCCCGACCGCCCCCACCCCCCGAUCAAGCGCCCUAUCAAUUGGACGGGAUGGAUCAUGGGUGUUGGUAUUUUCGUCGCCGGAAUUAGCCUGUUGGUGACGGCUUCGCCAUAUAUCUGGCCCAUUCUUCAGAACCGUAAUAUCUGGGCUUCUAUUAGCCUGAUUUUGAUUCUACUGUUCACUAGUGGCCACAUGUUUAAUCACAUUCGCAAAGUUCCUUACAUUGCUGGAGAUGGAAAGGGAGGCAUCAGCUACUUUGCAGGAAGCUUCCAAAGCCAGUUUGGGCUGGAAACGCAGGUCAUUGCUGCGAUUUACGGAACCCUUGCCUUCUGUGCCAUUUCCUUGGCGGUUAAGGUCCCCCGAAUUGCUGAUUACCGUACUCAGCAGGUAGCAGUUCUGGCUUGGGGAGGUGUGCUCUUCAUUCUUUAUAGCUUUUUGCUCAGCAUCUUCCGUAUCAAGAAUGGCGGCUACCCCUUCUCCCUCCCCCCCUUCAUGUAG